AUGGCGCAAAACAAGCGACUUCGGUAUGUGAACAACGCGGAUAACGUGGCGUAUUACCACGUGUACAAAUACAAUUCCUUGCAGCGAUUAAAUAAGACCAAAAGCAUGCACGGCGUCAAGCGUGUGAUCGCGUUCUGCAUACUGACCGCGAUCCUGCCGGCAUCGCUCAUCAUACUGCCGCUCUACUUGCGGCACACGGUAUUUGCGGACGUUGUCUACCCGAUCGCCGAAUCGGACAUCAUCGAAAUCCGCGAUGGAAUCUCGUCCGUGUUCUGCCAGAAGCACACACUACAGAUGAACACCACGUUCAAUGCGUUCCAGCUCGAUCAUGAGCCGGAGGUGUCCAAGAACAGGAAGCACAUACGGUUGAAAAAAUCCAUGUCCCUGCCGGACGAUACGCUCGAGUACUGGGGGUUUUACCUGCUGAAAGGGGCGACGGUAGCGCUGCGGGUUUGCUCCCGUUACGACGGUUCCCGUAUAUUGGUGGUAAAGGGUGAACGAAACCUGCGUACCUGUGGUUUGCUCGAGCACAACAGCAAUAAAAUUGACAAUUACCUCAACAAAGAGCACGGCCAGGUGCUGGUCACCUUUGAAUCGGCGGCCGAGUUUAUCGAGUAUUCGGGCGAGCAGAAGGGCACGUCCAAUUUACCCGCCGAUGGAAAUCAUGGUGGAGAAGAUGUGACGGAUGACCGCCCAUCGCCGGAGGAAACAGCCUCCAUGCUGCAUCGUUUGCACACUUCGAAAGAGGCACGUGCCCAAAGCACAAGAACCACUGACAAUGAGCUCGAUAAGAGCAAGCGAACGACGGCACCGGUGUACGACACUUCGGGAAGAAAAGUGCAACACGCGACAACUAAGCGUAUCGGUCGUCCGGUGUCAGUCACGAUCAAGAACGUACCAGCGCAUGCGAGCACGACAACAACGACAACUACGACGACUACCGAGGUGCCAACAAGCACGACAGAAAAUCUCGUUAAGAAGUAUCGAAACUUCCGCGCCACCGAAGCGGGACCUUUGGCGGAAGUGGAUGACGGUAGCGUCCACCGGAAGCGUCACAAUCACAACAAAACUGGCCAUCGACAGCAGUCCGAAACGGUGUCGUCGAAGGAAGGUGAACAAAUCGUGCCGCCGGAUAGUGUGGAUCGAUCGGAUCAGCAGCCGGCGACCGGUAAGCGACAGAGGCGACGUCGCCGAAGGCGCGAUCUUGUAUACGAUCGUGCGAUCAAUCAUGGUGGCACGGCAAUGAACUAUUCCAACAACACGUCCGACUCGGUAUCGAGCUUUGAGAACAGUUUGCUGUCCUGUUACGAUGGUGACAUACUGCUCGCGCACAGUUUCCCGCCGAGCAAAUCGUGCCAGAGCGUGCAGUAUCUCGAGGGUGCGUCGCAUACCGUCACGAAACAUGAGGUGGUAUCGGAUGGUUAUUACUAUUACAUUUUCUACAGCGAUAACGACUACGUGCAGAAUGAUAUACACGCGAUGUUUGACAUCUACAAGCCAACGUUCCAGUACUCGAACAUAUCCGAUUCGAAGGGAUGCAUUAACAGUACGCACUGUUCGUUCCCGAUCACUUUCUGGUCGAACGAGCGCGUGAUCGUGGAAGUACCGACCCGGGACGGUAUCGAGCAUGAGGAUGAUGAUAUUACGCUGCUCGUAUCUACGUGCCAUCCGCGAAUGGCCAUCUACAUUAUCUUUCCCGUCAGCGUGCUGAUUCUUGUGUUGACUUGUGCUUUCCUGUAA